AUGGGGGCCUCUCAGAGCUGCAGGUCAGCCAUAAAACCUUCUUUUAGUUCUCUUUUCUUUGUGGGAACACUUCUUCUCUUCUCUUUGAUAAUGACCGUCACUGCCUGCCCUAAGGUCUGUCACUGCACGGAGAGGAACGGCAUGGUGGUGCAGUGCACGUCACGCAACCUGGAGAACAUCCCGCCGAAUUUACCCAAGGACACCGUGGUUCUCCUGCUCUCAACAAACCGGAUCAGACACAUCCCAAAGGGAGCCUUCACUGACCUCCACCGCCUCAGGCAGCUGGACCUAUCCCACAAUGCCUUGGAAAUCGUGGAGGUUGGUGCCUUUCAAGGGGUUUCUGAAGCCCUGCGGACCUUGGACCUUUCAAACAACCACCUGAGCAGCCUCCCCAGGGACACCUUCACCAAGCUGCACGCUCGAAUCCGCCUCUCCCACAAUCCCUGGCACUGUGAGUGCUCUUUGCAGGAGGUGCUGAGGGAGCUAAGGCUCGACCCUGAGACGGUGAACGAGGUCAGCUGCUUCACAUCGGUGCAGGAGGAGUAUGUGGGACAGCCAGUGAUCCAGGUCCUGGACUCGGGGAUCAAUUUUUGCAACUUCCACCACAAGACGACGGAUGUAGCCAUGUUUGUAGCCAUGUUCUGCUGGUUCUCCAUGGUGACAGCUUACAUCAUUUACUACAUCAAACACAACCAGGAGGAUGCCAGAAGGCACAUGGAGUACCUUAAAUCCCUGCCCAGCACCUCCCACAUGAGCAAGGACUAUGACACAGUGAGCAGCGUCUUUUAAGACCAACCUGUACCAAUGACGGUGGAUCAAAGCAUGCCAAUGAAUGCAACUGAACCAAUGAAUAUGUUUACAGCAUAUGAGGAAUAUUGAGAU